AUGGAGCGCGGCGCGGCGGAGCUGCUGGCGGCCGCGCACGCGCGGCUGGCGGCGCGGGAGCUGGCGGCGGCCGAGGAGCUCUACGGGCGCUUCAUCGCCUGCAGCGCCCCCGGCGGCGGCGGCCGCGACCUCGCCACGGCCCUCAACAACCGCGGCCACCUCAGGUACCUGCGCGUGGAGUUCGCCGCCGCCCUGGAGGACUACGCGGCCGCCAUCGCGAGCCAGCCCGACUUCGAGGUGCCCUACUACAACCGCGGCCUGGUGCUCUACCGGCUCGGAUGCUUUGAUGACGCCAUGACAGAUUUCAGGAAAGCUUUGGAGUUAAACCCUCAGUUUGAAGAUGCUGCAUUGAGUCUAAAGCAGGCUAUUCUUGAUAAAGAAGCAAAACAAAAGAGAGGUUACUAAAAAAUGAGAUAUAAAAAUGUUUUGCUGAAUACCUACAUGAUUUUUGGCAGUGAUGGAUAAAUGCGAGAUCAUUUGCAUAUGUGCUCUACUGAAGAAUUCUUGGGUAAAUGAGUUAGGGAAUGUAAAUGUAAAAUGAAUCUCAUGUUUGUAAAGAGCUUAUGGUAGCGAGUGCAAAUGAGCUGCUAUUCAUGGCUGGAGUCUUCACUUUUUUAUUGAAAAGAUCAAUUGCAGAAAAUUAUAAUAUGAAAUCUUCAGCUUCAGCUGACUGUGAAUACCCAAUAGUGUUAUUUUUUGUGCAUAAGGGGAGAGACAAUUGUUGAAAUUCAAUAAGGUAUAAGAAAUUCCAUGGUAUUUUACAUGGGAAAUAAAAGUUCUACUAAAAGAAGUGCUUUUUGAUUGCUUGUGUGUAUUAGAAUAUGCAUAUAUUUUAUAAAUGCUGCUAGUGAAAAUUCUGCUCCUUAUGGUGAGUUUCUUUAUGGAUAAUUCUAUAGCAUUCACAAAUGCAGUGUUCACUGAAACAGGUAGGACCCUUUCGGUAAGUCAUGAGCAGA